AUGAAAACUGUUUGUGAUAAACGACUAUGCCAACUUCCAAUUGUUUCACUUCUUUUGACGCUUAGGAAAUAUUCUGAACUUUCGUGGAGAAGAAAAUUCGUCCUUCCAAAGUCCCAACAAACAUUAGCAUUAUUGGAUAGAAAUUUCCGUAAGAAAACAAAGAUUUACCCAGUAACAAUCCCCAAAGAUUGUAUCGACCAGUUAGUGUCACAACAUUUCAUCGUUUAUUAA